AUGAGAUAAUUAAGAAUAGAAUCUACAGAUAAAUUAAACAAGUUCAUUUUAUCAAAGUCAAAUUUCCAUUAGAAAUCAAUCAGUAUGGAUAAGUAAGCAUAGGAACGUAUAAGUAUGGAAAUAUUGGGUUUAAAUUCUUAAUUGUAAAGUGAGAUGCCAUCUUAAUUUAAAGAAUUAUUCAAAUAAGUUGCAUCAAGUACUUUAGGUGCACUAAAAUAAAUGGAAGCAGCUCCAUUAUUAGUUCAAGUAUAUUGAUAUAAUACAAUAUUAAUAAGAAUUAUUAAGCAUUAUAACGUCUAAUGUUACAAUUGUUAAAGAAUGAUUAUAGGGAUGAUAAUAGAGAGUCGAAAACAUUGAGAGAAGUGAAAGAAAUUGAUAAAUUAAGAGUAAAUACAUUGCUUGUAUAAAAUAACAAAUUGGCAAUAGAAAUAAAACAGUUGUCAAAUAAGUAAAAUUUAACAAUUAAUUGUAGAUUAAAAGACUUAGAGGAAAGUCAAGAUGUAGUGAAAUUAAGAGAGGAGAUUUAAAGAAUUACUUAGAUAAAAGAUGAAUAAAUAAAUCGAUUAAUAAUAUUGAAUGACUCAAAAGAGAAAUAAGUUUCCAAGAAUAGUCAACUAAUUAUUUAAUUGAAAUCUGUAAUCUAAAAAUAGGAUAGUUAAAUUUAAAUUCUUGAGAAUUAUUUAGAAAGUGACAAAAAGAAAUAUAAUCAUAUUGAAAAGACUUAUGAUAAAUUAGUGAGUGAUAAUAGACAUUUAAGUGAAUUAUGUAAGAUGUAAGAAGAAGAUCUAACAGCUCAUUACUUGAGAUAUAGACAUUAUUUAAGAGAAGAAGCAAAAUCAAGAAAGAAAUUGUUAAUGCUUUAGGAUGAAAUUGAUAAGAUGAAAAUUGAAAAGAGUAAAAGACCUGAAGUUCCUAAAAUUGAUCCUGAAUAAGAAUAAAAACUAUUAAAAUUGACCUACAAUUUUUCUUAAGAUAAAUAAUACUUUAAAAUAAUGAAAGAACUCACUCAACUUAAUAUUACUAAAUUAAGUGAUUAGGAAUAAACUACAAUAAUGUUUCUAAAAAACGUUCGUUAUGAUUAUAUUUAUAAUGAUUCAUUAAGUAAGUUCUAAUAUCCACGUCCUAGUUUUUUGUUAUUUUAUGAAUCUAAUAUGAAGAAUUUAGAAUAAGAUUAUAGGAAUAUUGAAUUUCAUUAAAUUAGCAAUUUAUUUUUUGCUACAAUUAGAGCAAUUUUAGAUUCUUAAUAUAAUGAAUUUUUAUAUAGGGAUAAUCCAUACACUCUUGUGAAAUUUGCAGAUUUUGUAUAUGGGUGGAUAAGCACUUUUAUAAUUAAUUCUAAAACUAGAUAAAUAGAAAUCAUUAAAGAUAGAAGCUUUGAACAUCUCGAACCAAUAAGAAAUGAUUUUAUAUUAGACUGUUUGAGUCCUAAGCUUUCUAAAUUAAAUGAAGUAAUAAUAUUUAAGUAAAUUAUUAUACAAUAAUUAUUAGUGAAUUAUUAUUCGAAUUAAGUUCUCCUGAUGAACUUUAUUAUUAUUUAUAUUCCCGUUUCUUAAUUUUUAAAGGAAGCUUAUCAUAAUAAUAAAGAUAUAGCUUUGAAGCAGUUAUUUUUGUUUAAUUACAUUGGGUUUAAUAAAUUUUAGAAUUGCUAUUAUGGAAAUAUGAUCAAUCUAUGUACAAUUAAAUAAAUUAAAUAAUUAUUGAGAGUAGUGUCACGAAAGGGAAUGGAACUCUUGUAGAUGGUCAUUAUGUUUUAAGAAUUCUACUUGAAUUAUAUAGGACAGAAAGGAGAAAUCGAUUGGCAAUGCUAAAAGAAGUUUUUAGUGCUUGUAUAUCUGUUUAAAGUUCAGGUAAGAGUGGAGUUACAUAUAAGAAUUUCAAAAAAAUAUUUUAAAGUAAUUUCCCAGAUGUACCAGAUUAAGAGGUUUGUUCAUUAUUUAGAGAAUCUUAUAUGGGUGGAGAUGGAGUUGUUACAGCUGAAUCAUUUUUCACUGCUGCUUCUGAAUCAUGCUUUUUUGUUAAAUAAAUAUUGCUUAAAUCUUUAAUUAAAAUACCAUUUGUUGAAUUAAAUGAAAUCUCUUAUAAAGAAAGCAAUUUGCCUUUUUUAGAUUUCUAUUAGCAUUAUAAGUAACUACCACAUCAUUUAGUAUAAAAAUGUUGUUUAUAAUUUGGAUUACAUUCAGUAAUUAUUGAGUUAGAUGGAAUUCAUAAACUUAUUAAGAAUUAUUUUCAAGAUUAAUACAAUUAGUAUUCUCUCUAUUCUACAGUUACUAAAUUAAUACAUAUAUAUAAUUCAGUCAUUGAUUUACAUAUGAGAUAAUAAAAUACUUUUAAUAAAGAUUGGGAUCAAAGUGAAAUUGAAUCACUCAAGUCUCUCAAUAAUUAGUUAUCAUAACUUUUUUCCCCAUUGAUAGAUUAUGAUUAAUAAUAAAAACUACAAACAAUUACUAAACAAAGGAAGUUACGACCUUUACAAAUAUUUAUAAAGAAAAGGGUUUAAAAAUUCUAUUAAAUGAUAGCUAAUAUCAUUAAUAAUAAUAACAUAAAUGUUGCAGAUCCUUAAGUAGCAAAGAGGAGAUUUACUAAGCAAUCUUCAAUAAAAAUGUUAUGA